CACCGCUGACAUCUGCAGUUUUUGUUUUACUGUUUCGACGUCGUCUUCUCCUGUUCCUCUUCUUCUUGGUAUAAACUUGCAACAUACCCUACGAUGUGCUGAGGCCUUACCGGUGCGGGAAGCAUCGUCAUUUAUACUGUUUUUUUUUUAUUACUGAAGGGAAAAGAAGAAGAAAAAUUCUCUCACCUCACCCAAACGGCGCUCGAGAUAGAUCAGCCGCGAAUCUCGCGCAACUAUCCCCCACCCCGAUGGCAGAUGCUGGAGCUUCUCCUGCAAUUCUCCAGCAACCACUAUCCGACAAUGGUUUGAACGAGUACCAGCCUGGGCUCCAGCCCACGCUCACUCAAGAUGAUCCAGAGGACCUUCCUGGCACGCGCCGCCUGUUCGACAGCGAGGGGCAUAUGCUCCUCGUGCCCGGCGGCGACGCAACCUCUCUCAAGAAGCACGGCGACAUCGUGCUCAUCCCGCAGCCUACCGACUCGCCCAACGACCCCUUGCAGUGGUCUCUUGCCCGCAAGAUCUGGCACACCGCCCUCGUGUGCUUCAUCACUGCACUGACCGCAGCGACGUCUAACGAUGCCGGGUCCGCAAGCGACGGCUUCAAUGAGGAGCUCGGCAUCGACUACUCGUACUUCAACACGGGUGCCGGUGUCUUGUUCAUUGGUAUUGGCUACUGGACGCUCCUGUCCUCUCCGGCAGUCCAUCUCUACGGACGCCGGCUGCUGUACCUCUUCGCCAUGGUCCUGGGCCUUGCAGGGAAUCUCUGGUUUGGUCUGGCCCAGACUGCCAGCGACACCAUCUGGAGCCAGCUUUUCGUUGGCGCCAGCGAGUCCGUCGCCGAGGCGCUUGUCCAGCUCAGUCUCAUGGACCUGUGGUUUGAGCAUCAAGCUGGUGCCGCCAUCGGCAUCUACGUGCUGGCCACCAGCAUCGGUACCUACAUGGGCUCGCUGAUUGCAAGCUACAUCGCGCAGAGCUACCUCGGCUACCGCUGGGUCGGCUACAUGGGCACCGUCUUCUCUGGCGGCACCUUGAUCCUGCUGUAUUUCGGCCUCGAGGAGACAGCAUUCGACCGCGCUCGGUACACCACAAUGCACGGCCUGGGCCUCUCAGACCGUGCUACUGCCAGCGCACUUCCCGACUCCAGUCUCGCCGAGAAGAAAGAGAUCACAACUACUGGCCAAGGCGCAGCCACGCCCACGGCCGUCGAUGUUGAGCGCAGCGGCGGCUUCGCCUCCCCCGAGAAGGCCAAGACGUACUGGCAGCGGAUCGCCAUCAUCACGCCUGCAGGAAACCUGCGUGGUUAUGGCUUCAAGCAAUACGCCCGCCGCCUCCUGCACACCCUCAAGGUGUUCACCUUCCCAGCCGUCUGGUACGCCGGCAUCCAGUGGGGUGCGCAGAACGCCUGGCUCACCUUCUACCUCACCGUGGAGCAGGACAACUGGUAUGGCCCGCCUUGGAACUACACCGACGGCGAGGUGGGCAACAUGAACAUCCCUACGGUCAUCGGCUCUGUCAUCGGCUGUUUCCUUGCCGGCUGGGGCAGCGACUGGUUCACGCUGUGGAUCACGCGCCGCAAGGGCGGCAUCAUGGAGGCCGAGAGCAGGCUGUGGCUGAUGAUCCUGCCUACCAUCUUCUUCCCGACCGGCAUGUUCCUGUUCGGUAUCGGAUCCGGCGAGGGCUGGGCCUGGCCCGCGCCCUAUGUCGGCCUUGGCUUCAUCGGAUUUGGCUACGGCUGCGCCGGCGAUCUGUCCAUGGCAUACCUCGUCGACGCCUACCCUGAGAUGGUCCUCGAGGGCAUGGUGGGCGUCGCCGUCAUCAACAACACCAUCGGCAUGAUCUUCAGCUUUGUCACGAGCCCGUGGAUGGAUGCCGACGGUGUUCUGUACACGUUUGUGGCUGCUGGCGUGCUGGCCUUCGCCGCGCUGUCUCUGAGUCUUCCCAUGGCAUGGUGGGGCAAGACGGCGAGGCGUUGGACGAGGGAGAACUACAGGCAGUUUGUCGCGGACCGGGACGGUAUGGAGUUGUAGUAGUAAUGGUGAAGAUUGAGAAGGAAGAGACAGGCUUGUGUGGCAGGCAGUGAAGUGAGGUGGGCUUUGGCGUGAUGGUGUAUUAAGUUGCACACUCUUAAAGACCUAAAGAUGAAGUUUGGCAUAUAAUACCCAGAGGAAAAGCGAGUAGUACCAUCGAAGGAUACAAUUCUUUGUCUUCCUUUUUUUUUUUCCUCUUCAUGUUCCCAUCAAGUUUACCUUCAUUUCUCCUACAUACUUACAAAAUGAGUUCACGAGCAGACUACGCUAUGUAAUCUUUUCAAGCCAAAAUUGAGUUCUUGGGCGAGCCAGGCAAAUUUGUCCUGCUGCGCGUUUCUACUUUGAG